AUGGCAGUGCCUGUGCCAGUGCAGCAAUCGUCCUCACAGUACGUCUCGCCGACACUUGGGCCAACGAACCCAUGGGCUCAGCAAACCUCUACCGGUACUUUCAGACCUCCUAACCCACCAUCACCUGCAGCGCAUCAUGAAACAAGCUGGAACACCGUUUCCGAAGUGAAAACCGCACACUCUUCAUCUCUCCAAGAUCCGCCUUGUGUGAUGCUUAUGGAUAGGUCUCCGUCAUAUUUGCAUCCAGCACUGCAAAGCACCGGCCAGCCUAUUGAAAAAAUUAUGAGUAUGAUUGUAAGCGCGGUUGGACAGGAACGAGACACAUUUGCCACUCAAAAGGAAACCAAUCGUGUUUUGGAGCAGGAACUGAGGCAGGUUCAGAAGCGCCGAGAAGAAGUGCAGCGUGCCCUGCGUGAGGUCCAGCUUUUUUCUAGCUCUUUAGAAGCACUUCAGAAAGAACAGUUGGAAUUAUUAGGAGAAUUACGGUGUCAAUGA